UAUUCACCACCAUGGUCCUCAGCGGGUUGCUCUGCAUCGCAUCAGAACUAAUUCCGGAGGACACAACGUGGCUCCGGUUGGUCCUAUUUUUGCUUAGCAAACUCACCAUCACCAUGUCGUUCGGUACUCUGUACAUCUACACGGUUGAAAUAUUUCCCACCAAUCUUCGCCAGAGUUUACUGUCGACGUGCUCCAUGUUUGGCCGCAUCGGAUCCAUGAUCGCUCCCCAAACACCGCUGUUGGCCAAACUGUGGGCACCGCUGCCGAUGGUACUGUUUGGCUGUCUGGGCAUAACGUCCGGUGUAGCCAUUCUUCAAUUCCCCGAGACACUCAACGUCGAGCUUCCCGACACCCUCGAAGAUGCAAUGAAUAUGCAUGACAAAACAAACGAUCGGCAAUAGCACUAGUGCAAGACGUUAUA